ACUGCUCCGGCCCGGCUCCGCGGAUUCCGCUCCGCGCCCAGGGGUGGAGCCGGAGGCGGGCCCGGGGGCGGGUCCAGGGCGUCCAGCUGGCCGCGGCCGGAGGGCCUGUUUCUCCAGCCUCCACUGGGGUCGGCGGCCGGCGGGGAGCGCCGGCUUCCAUCCCGAGAACUGACUGAGGCUCUGACUAUUUGGGAACCAGGCCCUCUUGGCGGCUGCAGCCCCGGUGUCCCACCUCCGCGCAGCAGGUCGGGCGCCGCGGCCCCGGGAGCAUCGCGGAGAUGAGGAGCAGGAGCAAUUCCGGGGUCCGCUUGGACGGAUACGCGCGGCUGGUGCAGCAAACCAUCCUGUGUUAUCAGAAUCCUGUCACGGGGCUGCUCUCCGCCAGUCAUGAGCAGAAGGACGCCUGGGUGCGGGAUAACAUCUACAGCAUCCUGGCCGUGUGGGGCCUGGGCAUGGCCUACCGCAAGAAUGCCGACCGUGAUGAAGACAAGGCCAAGGCCUACGAGUUGGAGCAGAAUGUGGUGAAACUGAUGCGGGGUCUUCUCCAGUGCAUGAUGAGACAGGUGGAUAAAGUGGAGAAGUUCAAGCACACUCAGAGUACCAAGGACAGCCUGCACGCCAAGUACAACACUGCCACCUGCAGCACAGUGGUGGGCGACGACGAGUGGGGCCACCUCCAGGUGGAUGCCACGUCCCUCUUCCUCCUGUUCCUGGCCCAAAUGACUGCCUCUGGUUUACGUGUUAUUUUCACCCUCGAUGAGGUAGCCUUCGUACAGAAUCUUGUCUUUUAUAUAGAAGCUGCAUAUAAAGUUGCUGAUUACGGAAUGUGGGAACGUGGAGAUAAAACGAACCAGGGCAUUCCAGAAUUGAAUGCAAGCUCUGUAGGAAUGGCCAAGGCAGCCCUUGAGGCAAUUGACGAACUGGACCUUUUUGGAGCUCAUGGAGGACGCAAGUCAGUGAUCCACGUCUUGCCCGAUGAGGUCGAACACUGCCAGUCUAUUCUGUUCUCCAUGCUGCCGAGAGCAUCGACUUCUAAAGAGAUUGAUGCUGGACUUCUUUCCAUUCUUUCUUUCCCGGCCUUUGCAGUAGAAGAUGUGAACCUUGUGAAUGUGACCAAAAAUGAAAUUAUUUCCAAGCUCCAGGGGCGUUACGGAUGCUGUCGCUUCCUUCGAGAUGGUUAUAAAACCCCAAGAGAGGACCCAAACCGAUUGCAUUAUGACCCUGCUGAACUCAAGCUCUUUGAAAACAUUGAAUGUGAAUGGCCUGUGUUCUGGACGUAUUUCAUAAUAGAUGGAGUCUUCAAUGGUGAUGCCGUUCAGGUCCAAGAAUACCGGGAGGCAUUGGAGGGAAUAUUAAUCAGAGGCGAGAACGGGAUCCACCUGGUGCCAGAACUCUACGCCAUCCCACCUAGCAAGGUAGACGAAGAGUAUAAGAACCCUCACACCGUGGACAGAGUUCCUCUGGGGAAGCUGCCCCAUCUGUGGGGUCAGUCUUUGUACAUCCUUAGCUCACUGUUGGCAGAGGGAUUCCUUGCCGCUGGCGAAAUUGAUCCCUUAAAUAGAAGAUUUUCCACUUCUGUCAAACCUGAUGUCGUAGUACAAGUUACUGUUCUGGCAGAAAACAACCACAUUAAGGAGCUGUUGAGGAAACAUGGGGUAGACGUCCAGAGUAUUGCUGACAUUCAUCCAAUCCGAGUCCAGCCAGGCCGGAUUCUUAGUCACAUAUACGCCAAGCUUGGACGGAAUAAGAAUCUGAAAUUGAGUGGGCGACCAUAUCGGCACAUUGGUGUCCUUGGAACAUCUAAACUAUAUGUGAUUAGGAACCAAAUCUUUACUUUCACACCCCAGUUCACUGACCAGCAUCACUUCUACCUGGCCCUGGACAACGAGAUGAUCGUGGAGAUGCUGAGGAUCGAGCUGGCCUACCUGUGCACUUGCUGGCGGAUGACGGGCAGACCCACGCUCACCUUCCCAAUCACCCACACCAUGCUCACAAAUGAUGGGUCAGAUAUUCAUUCUGCAGUUCUUUCAACAAUUAGAAAACUAGAGGAUGGAUAUUUUGGAGGAGCUAGAGUAAAAUUGGGAAACCUUUCGGAAUUUCUCACCACGUCUUUCUACACGUAUCUGACCUUCCUGGAUCCAGACUGUGAUGAGAAGUUGUUUGAUGAGACCAGCGAAGGGAACUUCAGUCCUGAUAGUGACUCAGAUUUGGGAGGAUAUUUGGAAGAAAUCUAUACUCAAGUCACAGAAAGCCAGGACGAACUUGACCAGUAUAUCAACCACCUCCUUCAGAGCACAUCCUUGAAGUGCUAUCUGCCCCCUCUUUGUAAGAAGACCGAAGACAGCCACGUUUUCAGUGCCGUCCACUCUACUCGGGAUAUACUUUCCGUGAUGGCAAAAGCAAAGGGUUUGGAAAUUCCAUUUGUUCCCAUAAUUUUGCCAACUAAAGUUCUAAGUGCCCACCGGAAAUCGCUGAAUCUUGUUGAUUCUCCUCAACCACUCCUAAAAAAGGCCCCCAAAGAUGACUUCCAGUGGCCCAGGGACGACCAUGGUGACGUGGACUGUGAGAAGCUGGUUGAGCAGCUGAAAGAUUGUUCGAACCUACAAGACCAAGCAGACAUUUUAUACAUUCUGUAUGUAAUAAAGGGCCCCAGCUGGGACACAAAUCUCUCUGGACAGCACGGGGUCACUGUUCACACCCUGCUCAGCGAGCUCUAUGGGAAAGCCGGCUUGAACCAGGAGUGGGGUUUGAUUCGCUAUAUCUCUGGCCUGCUCAGGAAGAAAGUGGAGGUCCUGGCUGAGGCCUGCACAGACCUGCUGUCACACCAGAAGCAGCUCACAGUGGGCCUGCCACCAGAGCCCCGGGAGAAGAUCAUCUCUGCGCCCCUUCCCCCCGAGGAGCUCACACAACUCAUCUACGAAGCCAGUGGGCAGGACAUCAGCAUCGCCGUUCUCACACAGGAGAUCGUGGUUUACCUGGCGAUGUACGUCAGGGCGCAACCCAGCCUCUUCGUGGAGAUGCUCCGACUCCGGAUUGGACUGAUCAUUCAGGUGAUGGCCACCGAGCUGGCGCGAAGCCUCAACUGUUCAGGAGAAGAAGCUUCUGAAAGUUUGAUGAACCUCAGCCCUUUCGAUAUGAAAAAUCUCUUGCACCAUAUUCUAAGUGGAAAAGAGUUUGGAGUUGAAAGAAGCGUGCGACCUAUCCAUUCCUCCACAUCCAGCCCUGCCAUCUCCAUCCAUGAGGUGGGCCAUACUGGAGUCACCAAAACCGAGAGGAGUGGCAUUAACAGGCUGAGGAGUGAGAUGCAACAGAUGACUAGGCGAUUUAGUGCUGACGAACAGCUCUUUUCUGUGAGCCAGACUGUGUCCAGCAGCGUGCAUUCCUCCAAGUCUGCGAGAUCCAGCACCCCAUCCUCACCCACGGGCACAUCAUCGUCAGACUCAGGCGGGCAUCACAUUGGCUGGGGGGAGCGGCAGGGCCAGUGGCUGCGCAGGAGAAGGCUGGACGGGGCCAUCAACAGGGUCCCUGUGGGAUUCUACCAGAAGGUGUGGAAGAUCCUUCAGAAGUGCCAUGGUCUGUCCAUCGAUGGUUAUGUGCUGCCAUCGUCAACGACACAAGAGAUGACCCCGCAGGAGAUCAAGUUUGCUGUCCACGUUGAGUCGGUGCUGAACCGCGUGCCCCAGCCCGAGUACCGGCAGCUGCUGGUGGAGGCCAUCAUGGUGCUGACACUACUCUCAGACACGGAGAUGAACAGCAUCGGGGGCAUCAUCCACGUGGACCAGAUCGUACAGGUGGCCAACCAGCUGUUCCUGCAGGACCAGAUGUCAAUUGGAGCCAUGGACACCCUGGAGAAAGACCAAGCCACGGGCAUUUGCCACUUCUUUUACGACAGCGCUCCGAGUGGAGCUUAUGGGACAAUGACCUACCUGACAAAGGCAGUGGCUUCUCAUUUGCAGGAAUUGCUGCCCAAUUCAGGCUGCCAGAUGCAAUAGGGCUCGGCACUGUGAGUUUGUCACUCACCCUCUAGCCUCCUUGGGAACUUUCGUCUGUUCCCCAAGAUCCCCUGUGCUGUCACAAAAGCAUGUCCCAUCAGAAACACUGGCAGGGAGGAGAUGGCGGUGACUGACCUGAAACCAAUGUACGUCCAAGCCACAGAAAGAGCCAGUGACUCCUGUAUUCCCCCAAGGAGCGCCAUGGGAUCGUUGUCUAGGCGCAUUUCACUGGAACAUUUGUCACAGCAGCUGGUCUCCUCGAGUCUGGGGAGGAAUUGGAAAUCGGUCUCAUUUGAGUGCAGAGCGAACUGAGAAGCCAGUCUAAAUUGGCUCUCGCAGAGUUACCGAAAUAGGUUGGAUGAGCUAGUGACACAUCUUAAAGAUGGAAAGAUCCUUCCAGCAGCAGUAGCUAGACGAGUGGACCUUGACAAGGGGAACAUCUUAACAGGAUGCAGUCUGGGGACCAAACCAUUUACUAAAUAGAAGAACUCUCUUUCUGUGGAAUUUUGGUUUGCUUGUGCUUUGCUUUUUUUCUUGGCCUCUUGUUUCAUUGGCAUAGCUGCGUUUGCGUGACAUAAUUCUCUCUCACGAAGAUUAAGAAAAUUGCUCCCAGUUAACUUUGGUUCGUGGUCUUCAAGGAUUAUCCUGGCCACCUAUGAAUUAAGGGUUUCUCCUGCCUUAUGAAAAAUCCCACAUUUUCCAGAAUCUAGCCAAAAAAAAAAAAAAAAAUGACAGUAGCUUCUUAUAGCUGGGCCAACUGUUGUUUUGGGGCUGGAGCAGGCAGAGAGUCCCUCUGGAAGGCCCGUGCCCCCCACCCCCCAUGGGGUGACCACUCUGGCAGGUGAUGGUACUGUCCCCCUGUGCUCUGGGGGAACCACGUGAUGACUGUGUGGCACCAGAUGCCAUGGGAAUUAGUGGUGUGCUCCCGCAGAAACAAUGCUUCCCUCUUAUGAUUGAGCCAGGCUGGGGACUCGAGCCCUCCUCGUGGAAACACCUGAACUUAACGCUCUCGGGUAGGCGUGGUUGGAGGCCUUGAGUGUAGAGGAGCAAGGACAAAUCCUGACAGGGCAGGGCCUCGACAAUGUCCUGGUGGAUGGAGUUUCUCUCCAGGCGUCAUCUUACCUUGGGGUGCUGGGGGUGGUGGACAACAACAGGGAAACAGUUUCUGUGAAUAAUGGACUUUGAAGGACAGUCCCCUGGUGGCCAAAUGGUGAGCUCUGACUGGUUGAGAGUGCUGGUUAGACAAAUGGUUAGAUUUGUCACGACUCUGCCUCUGAAAUGGGGGCGUGGCCAUUGGAUCUUUGCUCGGAAGUUUACGGGAAGGUGAAGAAAGCCGAUGCUCUAGCUGCUUUGAGGGGACGUCGCGGUGCCCGGCGCCCCUUAGAGUCAAGAUGCAGUACUGCCAGUUAUUCUGGAAGCAGAGGGAAGGCAGGGUGGCCUCGUGUUCCUGACGCUUCCUGCUAAAGAACCUCUCUUCAGUCCAAGCCAAAUACUUUGCAGUUGCCCCUGGAAGAGACGAUCUAGAACACAAUCUCAGUGCACCUCCCUGGGCUCGGUGGUGUUCAGGCACAGGACUUCAGUGCCUUUGUUUUCUGUUUCUUUGAAACCACAGAACUUUCCUUGCUGAGGUACAGAGUAGUUACGUAAAGGAAAAGGCCCCGGAAUCUCUCGAUUUCUGCUCCAGUGGCCUUCUGCAGUCUCCUCUUUCCCCCACUUCCUAUUAAUGUCAGUGUGUAAAACCUUUCUCCUCGGAUUACUAGAUCCUUCCCUCAUUUGUCAGCACAUGUGGAACGCUUUCUGUGUGCCAGGUGUAGGAACAUAAAGAUAAAUGAGACAUGACUCGGCGCUCAAGGACCUCACCCCAACGAGGAAGGCCAAUGUGAAAAGAUGACCAUGCUCUAGUGGGGCAGGGACGGUGUUGAGAGACGGACAUGGUGUGGGACCAGCAAGGUGGGGCCUGCCCAGAGCACUGGCAUUGGCAGGACAGAUCCCAGAGACAGUGGGGGCGGCCUGGCCUGCAGCUCUGGCCCAUGUGGCACAUAGCGUCGCCUGCUGCUGUGCCCGCCACCCUAGAUCCUACGGUGCCCUGCCUUCCCUGGGAAGCCUGUUUGCUCCCAUUUGCGUCUGAGGGUCCAGGGGGUCACAGCCACCCAGAUUUCAUAGCAGCAUUUUCAUAGCCUUUAUUUUCGGUGUCUUUAAGACAUGCUUGACAUAAACAAGGCUCAUGUAAUUCAUGUAAGAAAGGUACAGGGCUGGCCCCGUGGCUUAGUGGUUGAGUGCGUGCACUCUGCUGCUGGCCGCCAGGGUUCGGAUCCCGGGCGCGCACCGACGCACGGCUUCUCCGGCCAUGCUGAGGCCGCAUCCCACAUGCAGCAACUAGAAGGAUGUGCAGCUAUGACAUACAACUAUCUACUGGGGCUUUGGGGGAAAAAAAAUAAAUAAAUUUAAAAAUUAAAAAAAAAAUAAAGAAGAAAGGUACAAGCUGUGAAAGUCCUGGUUGCUUCUUGGGAGAAGGCUCAAGAAGAGUUACAGCCCUCCAAAAUGAGCCAGGUGCUAAUUUAGAACAUCACCUGCGUGUGGAUGACGUGCAAAGCCACAGCCGCUGUGUUUGGGCUCACCGACCGAGAUGUGGGCCGGGAGGAGAGCCAUAAUAAGCAAUUCCACCGAGCCUUCGGUUCACUCCUGAAACGUCUUUCAAACGAACUCCGGAAAUAGUACCGCCUUUCCACAGGCAUCAAGCCGUCAGCUUCAAAGAAGAACAGGCUUCUGAGGCUUGAUCCCUUUUGUGAGUAGCUGCUGCCCAGGCCAGGAAGAGCAACAGAUGUUCCCAGGGAUGGUGGAGGCCCUGUCCUGCCACCAUUCUGGCCUCAGCAGACUGGGCGUCCACGCCAGGAGAAGGCCGCCUGGCAGCCCCUGGAGCCUCGGGUCUGGGCUGGCGGAUUCUCCACCCCCGUGCUCUUUCCUAACUCCCUCAGAGAAGAGAGGCCAGUUUUGACCUUUGCUAGGGCUGGGGGGUAGCUGUUCUGUCUCAGAGCCAGAAACAAACGUUUCUUUUAACAUCCUCAGUUGAAAAGCAGCCAGCCGCCCCACC